UCCCACGGUACUUCAGGCUGCCCGCUGUGUGAGGACUGAUGCCCUCCAGGCCAGGCGACACAGGGUGGGGCGAAAGGGCCUCCAGGGAGCAGAAAGGAAAGCGAAACUUCCUACCCAGACUUUCGCUUUCGCCGCCUCCGCGCUGUCCAGGUGGCCCCGGAGCGCGAUCCUCUGUCGCCCUGGGGUUCGGUCACCCGCGUGCCCCAGACCUAGUCCCCGGAGCACUGCGUUCCCCUAUGGCCGGCGACCCCUGGCGGAGGGACGAAGGGAAGGUCUCUGACAGCAGGCGACCCAUGGCGGGGGCCGGGGGUCCCCUGCGCCUCCGAGAAUGGCUGGUGGCGCAGAUCGAGAGCGGGCGCUAUGCGGGGCUGCGCUGGGAGGACGCAGGCAAGACCCUCUUCCGCAUCCCCUGGAAGCACGCAGCCAAGCAGGGUUACCAGGUGCGGCAGGACGCUGCGCUCUUCAGGGCCUGGGCCAUAUACAAGGGCAAGCACCUAGAAGGCAUUGACAAGGAGGAUCCCUCUACCUGGAAGACACGGCUCCGCUGUGCCCUCAACAAGAGUGCUGACUUCUGUGAAGUACCUGAGCGCAGCCAGCUGGACAUCUCCAACCCCUACAAGGUCUACCGGCUCCUGUCUGAUGGUGCCCACGACCCAGUUACCAGGGCUUGUGCUCCCAGUAAAGAGGACGGCAUUCUUCAGAGCCAGCAGAAGCCCCCUGGAGGAGUGGCAGAGCCAGCCUGCAGGAACGAAGAGCAGGUCAAUGUCCUUGUAGCCCCUGCAGCCUUGCCAACCCAGUCACCUCGUGCCCGUGCCACCCCUGCUACAAUCUCCAGUGCAUCACCUCAUCCUCUCCAUCAGGAUGUAUCCGGAUUAGUCACAGAGGAUAAAGACAAGGAGCAGCCCUCCAGGCUAGCCCAGCAGGACUUCCUGCUCCCAAGCCCUUUGGCUGACCACAGCUACCAGGCACAGAAUCCCGUCCACCCCUGGAGCCCUUUGCCCUCUGAGGAUUUCAGCAACCCUGAUUGCUGGCUGCAUGUGCGCCUUUUCUACCGCGCGGAGCUGGUGCGCGAAGCCACAGCGCCGGCGGCCGAGGGCUGCAGCCUGAGCCCGCGCGCGGCCACCGCGGCCGCCGAACGACUGCUGGGGCCGCCGCCGAGGGUCGCGCAGGUUCGCUUCCCGGAGCCGCCGGCCAGCGCCCACGUGCUGCGGCGCCUGCUGCCCCACCUGGAGCGCGGCGUGCUGCUGUGGGUGGCGCCCGAGGGCGUCUUCGCCAAGCGCCUCUGCCAGGGCCGCGUGUACUGGCGCGGCCCGCUUGCCCCGCACCGCGCUCAGCCCAACAAACUGGAGCGCGAGCGCACCUGCCAGCUGCUCGACACGCGCCGCUUCCUCGCGGAACUGCGAGCACACCUACAGGAUGGUCGCCCGGAGCCUGAAUACCAGAUCCGGCUGUGCUUUGGCGAGGAGUACCCGGGGCCCCCGGACCAGCCCGAGGAGCGGCUCAUUAUGGCCCAUGUGGAGCCAGUCUUCGCCAGGGAGCUCCUCCUGCACUCGAAGAUCCACGGCCAGGUGCCAGGGUGGCAGGUUCCCAGCCUAGCAUCCCCGACAGCAUCAAUCACCUGCUGACACAGCUGAGUCAGCCCUAAGCGGCUUCUUCCUCCUACCAUACCCACUAAAGCAACUCCCCACAGGGUAUAGAUCCCACCCUAGUCCUGCACCAACUGAGCCAGGGGAUUUAAGAUAGGUUGGGACAGUGGAAGCCAGUCAUGGCCUUCAACCACUCAGCCACCAAGCUGGAGCCUGGGAACCAGGCGCAGAGAUAGACAGCUGGACCUGAGGCAUCAGGCUUGGAAAUCAAACUCAAUCUUGAGGCUCCAGAAAUAACAAUUAGGACAGAAACAAGGCUUGAUCUUUUUGUUAAGAGUCAAACAUGCCUACACUGGUUUACCUAAAAGUGAAAAGUGAAAGUGAAAUCGCUCAGUCGUGUCCGACUCUUUGCGACCCCAUGGACUGUUGCCUACCAGGCUCCUCUGUCCACGGGAUUUUCCAGGCAAGAAUACUAGAGUGGGUUGCCAUUUCCUUCUCCAGGAGAUCUUCCCAACCCAGGGAUUGAACCCGGGUCUCCUGCAUUGUAGGCAGACGCUUUACCAUCUGAGCCACCAGGGAAGUACCUAAAGUGGACUCUAACGGCACUUGAUCCAUUAUAAAGUUUGCUUAAAGCUGAGUUUACUGGGAGUUCCCUGGUGCUCCAGUGGUUAGGACUCUGCACUUCCACUGCUGGGGGCCCAGGUUGGAGGGAUCCCUUGUCGGGGAACGAAGAUCUUGCAAGCCCCACAGCCUGGCCAAAAAAAGGAGCAGGGGCUGAGUUUACUAAUAAUUAGACCCUCGGUAUGGUUUAGACUGAAGCCCAACCAGUAACAGAACUGUCCCACUUCUGAGGGGUUCUGAGUUUCCAGACCCUCCUUCCACCUGUCACAAGUCUCUUUUCUUUGGAGGGGGUAAGAAGUAGUGGGGGUCGGGGCUCCCAAAACAGAGGACUUGACCUGAACCUGGGGCUUUGAAUGCUAACCACUAGACCGCCACCUGUAGAUACUGACUUUGGAGAAACCGAGGCAGGCCUAGGAUAGGAACCUAAGUGGGAGCCAGGAGUCCAUCCCAUCCCCAAGCCCCACCAAUUUUUGCAAAAUGUGAGUUGUAGGGAGUCUGUGAGAAUGGUGGAGGGAGGGAACCCCCUCCACCAUGAAGGCAGUGACCCUGCCUUGUCAGUAAAGUCACUGUUUUCUACCCCAGA